ACAAUAAGAGCGGCCAUCUUUACCCACAGCAACAACUGCUACUCCAGUAAAGAAAGAAAAUUAAUGCCCUGUCGGAGUUGCAUUGUAUUCUAGACGUGUGGGGACACGUUUAAAUUGGAAGACAAACAAGCGGAACCAUGACCUAGUGAUCUUUAUAAGGAGCGCUGUGUCACAAAGCAUCCUUCUCUUUUGACAGGUAAAUCAUCUGCAAGGACAGAUUAGAAUUAAAGAGUGUAGUCCGAGAUUCCCGCCAGUCGUCUGUACCACUGUGGUAGUGUCCUGGGACAGACCCUUGCCUCUCCCCCUGAGGAGAUAUGGAGCCCCAGGAAAGUCUGGGAGUGGAGGGUGACUCGGGCGCACUGGGGGUGCUGGUGCCGAGCCCACGGAGCGAAGCGGUGACCCAUGACCUGGAGGAAUUGUCUCUGAAGCCCACUCAGAGCCUUCUACCCAUUAAAGAGCGCAAGAAUGUGCUUCAGUUAAGACUACUGCAGAGGCGCACACGCGAGCAGCUCGCAGACCAGGGCAUCAUGCCACCGCUGAAGACACCUGCAGCUUUUCACGGGCAGGUCAGAAGUCUGGAGAGAGCAAGAACUGAGAAUUUCCUGAAGCAUAAAAUCCACAGCAGACCUGACCGCUCUGAACUUGUUCGUAUGCACAUUUUACAAGAAACCCACGCAGAGCCUUCUUUGCAAGCCACUCAGAUGAAACUAAAGAGGGCGCGUCUAGCAGAUGACCUCAAUGAGAAGAUUGCACAGAGGCCUGGACCAAUGGAACUGGUGGAGAAGAAAAUUCUGCCUGUUGACAUUGUUGGAGAACUGGAUGUUUAUAACUUCAAUGAGGACAGCAGUGAAGCUCUGUCUCCAGAGCAGCCAGCUAGUCAUGAGUCUCAAGGCUCUGUAUCUUCUCCUGUAGAAGCCAGACUGCCUGAACCAUCCUCUGUUUCACCUCCAACUGGCUCCAAACUCCAGAGUUCAGACUUCCUGAACAGAACAUCAGUAGAAGAUGGCCGAGUAAUGACUUCCACUCAGACAGUCACUGCUGCUGCUCCCACAAAGCCUGGACCCACCCUUGUGAAGCAAAGCCAGCCCAAACAGUCCAGUGACAAGAGCCGAAGCAAGAAGAGUAAAGAACCCAAACCGCGAAUUAAGAAGCUCAAGUAUCACCAGUACAUCCCACCAGACCAGAAGCAGGAACCCAAUGAAGCCCCGAUGGACUCGGCAUAUGCCAGGCUGCUUCAGCAACAGCAGCAGUUCCUGCAGCUCCAGAUUCUCAAUCAUCAGCAACAGCAUUACAAUUACCAGGCCAUAUUACCAGCACCACUCAAGCCAGUAGCUGAGAGUCAGAACAGCUGCCCCAACAUCACAUUGAGCACCAGCCCGAGUCUUUCCGCUCCCAUUGUGGUAUCUCUGCCGAAUGCGGCUCCUUCACGUGCCAACAACACUGUGACCGGUCGUAAAACCGGGUCUCUGCCUACCAACCUAGAUGAGAUGAAGGUGACUGAGCUUAAGAUGGAGUUGAAAUUGCGAGGACUUCCUGUAUCCGGCACCAAAACAGAUCUCAUAGAAAGGCUUAAGGCCCACCAGGAGAGCUCUCAAUCUGCUACAACCAUGGAUACAAACAUCUCCAAAGCUUCUCUGCAGCCUGACAGCAUGAGCACAACUCCACCCGUUUCUCCUGAGGCCUCCAACAUCAGUAUGAAGAACAGCAGAGACAGUCCCACCAAAGCUCUAUUUACGUUGUCUCCAGCCCGUCCACCAACAGGCACCUCACCCCUCAAACCCGCACCUGAAGACAUGACCAUGGACAUCAAGGUGUCCGAAAAAGACCAGCGGCUUCACGAGAAGGAGCGCCAGAUUGAGGAACUCAUGCUUAAGCUGGAGCAGGAGCAGCGGCUGGUGGAGGAGCUGAAGAUGCAGCUGGAGGUGGAGAAGAGGAGUCAGCAGGGCGGAGGGCAGCAGCCUGAACCCAAUCCAUCAGUCCAGGUCAAAGAGGAGAACGGAGCCUCCCCGAGCUGCAACUCCAAGCAGAGUCCCCUGCGGCAAACUACAGGUGUGAAACAGGAAGAGCCACAUGCCCAGCGGCACCACACCCCAGUCCAGCAGUUCUAUAUCAACACACAGCAAGUCCCUCAAGUGCUGCAUCAGCAGACACUGACCAACACUCAGCCUGCCGCACAAAUCCUGCUGCCCAUCAGCCUGCCCAACAAUCCCAUCAGCACACAGGCGCAGACCGUUCUCCAACAAACAAUGCCCAGUCAAAGCAUCAUACAAACACCACUUCUGCAAACACAGACGUCCAACAACACAAUGUUACAACAGCAUUCAAAUCAGACGGCAUCUCCACCUCAAGCUUUACCCCUGUGUGGAAGCUUGUCUUCUGGGUUUGAGUACAGACAGAACCAGAGCCAGCCCAUGGCAGAAAUGCCCCAGUGCUUCCUCAACAACUCGCCCAGACACACAAAUGGACCUACUAACAAACCUCCCUCGCCCUGUCAGCUCAACUAUAUCCUUCAGCCAUCAAAGUUCCCCAGUCACCGCAGCCCAAAGAGCAAAGACCCACCCCGUUACGAGGAGGCUGUCAAACAGACCAGAGGUCUGCAAGCCACAAUGCAGGUUCCUACUGCUACCAGUCAGCACAUGGACGAUUUGUUUGACGUUUUGAUCGAGAGUGGAGAAAUAUCCCCUCUAUCCAGGCAGGAUCCUUCUCUGGACAAACUUCUUCCAGUGACCGCAAACAUCACCACCCUGCCCAUCAACACAGUGCUGUCUCGUCCUCCACCGCAGAUACACGUUGCCCGUACGCCCAACCAAACCCAAGCGCCUCCACCCAACAUGGUAGCCCUGGCCUCCAAUAACCAGUUGGAGGCCCUGCUGGAGGACGCUGAGCCACGGACCCUGAGACUGAUGGAGGAGCUUAAAAACCAGCUGCUGGAGCGGUCCCACUCCCCAAUGGACACUUCAGAUCUGACCUUCACCGACACGCCGCCUUCUGCCCUCCCUCUGCAAGACGCAGGCCUCGACAACAUGGAGUGGUUGGACCUUACGAUUCCAGGUGCUGCUGGUAUCUCCUCACCGACUGCAGUCUUUUCAUCUGAUUUCUUGGACUCCACUGAUUUACAGUUACACUGGGACUGAGCUCACAAAGGGAUGGAGAUUGGAGACGUUCUGAAAAGAUUUGCAGAUCUGUGUGCAAACCACUGAUAGUGUAGCAUCAGCUUUUCUCAAUUGCACCUAUACGUGCAGGUUUGUGUGCUGUUAUUGUCACCAACACCUCUUUCAAAGCAGAAGAAGAAUGUAGAGACACUUUUUUUCACCUGUAUAUUUAGGCAGUGAGCUUCUGCUUUUCAUAUUUUGAAGCAGUCUUUGAAACUGCUGGCCUAUAUUAUAGAGAAUGUUAGAAUGUUGUUGUUUUUUUAGAUUCUGAUAAGUAUAAUUUCUUACCUAAGACAGAACAUGUUUUAAAUGUAUCAUAUAUUUUGGGGAAAGCAAAGGAUUACAAGUACAAUCAUAGUGCCUUUGCUGUUUGCGUUGUCCAGAAACUCUGUAGUUUUAGAGUUAAAGGAUAGUAAGUUCAAAAAAGUAUUGUUCUCAUUCCAAGCUCGGAUCUUUCUUUCUUUCUGAACUCGAAAGAAAAUGUUUUGAAUCUCGUUCAGCUGUUUUUUUCCAUUGGGAUCCAAAACUUUCAAACUCCAAAAAGGACAUAAAGGUAGCAUAAAAUUAAUCCAUAUGACUUGACUGGUAUAUUCAAAGCUUUCGGAAGCAGCACAAUUACUUUCUAUGUUAAACAGAUCAAACUUUAUUUACUCAAAGUCUUUAUUAACUCUCAAAACAUACCAAAACAUUAAGCAGUGCAUACAGAGACUAAGUUAAAUUUGGCUUCAAGAAUUUCUUCUUCUUUUUCAGUAACAUGUUUCACUCAGACAUGUCACAAUACAAAAGACUUGCAUUUAAUCACGACUUUAAAUGUCAGACCUCACUGAAUGUUGUAUGUCAUGUGCCCAAUCAACAUAAAGGCUUAAAAACUGCAUAUCAUACAAAAUGAUUCAUAUGGAUUCAUUUCAUGCUACCUUUAUGUCCGUAUUGAAGCUUGAAAGUUUUGGACCCCAUUAACUUGAUGGUAUUAACAAAAACCAGCUGAAACGUUCUAUAAAAUAUCUUCUUUUGUGUUGUUGAAGAAAAAAAGCCAUUUGAGUUUGGAACAACAUAAUGACAGACUUAUAAUUUUGGGGUUAACUAUCCUGUUAACUAGGAACCUGUUUAGUGGCUCAUUUACAUUCAACUGCCAUGGUCAAUGAGCUGUUAACUGUUGUGUUAGGGUACUCGAAAUUGUGGCAGCUAAAUAAUAACAUUCAAUUUCUAAACAUUCGAAAUCAUCCAGUGCAUAGACUGGGAAAGGUCAGAGCGAGGUUGUUUACCAAACCCAGCAUGAGGCCAAAGAGAGGGAGGGAGAGAGGCACACAAAACGCCUGACUAGGGGCCAUUAUUAUCCCUAUCAAAAGAGUAGAUCGAGUGGACAGGGUUCAGCUCUUACAGUCUGAACUGACAGUGUUGCGUGUCUUGACCAGGGAAACAACUCUAAACAGGACCUGUGAAAUUUUCAUAUUCAGAUCAGAAUGACAAAAGAGAGCAGCUGCAUUUUGAUUGGUCAGGCUCUUAACUGCAGUACAGAUGUGUUUUUUGGACGUAGAUGAACUGAAAUUCACUGUAUUUCAGAGUCUGAGCUUCUUUCUUCAUAACCACUGAAAUGCAGGUAGCUGGCAGGUAAUUUGCCUUUGUUAAUGUACCGAAACCUCACCUUCUCAGUUAUUUGUAAGAAUCAAUUAGUUUUUGGUUUUAGAUUUUUUUUUUCUAUAAAAUGUGACAAUGUAGCGUCAUCUGCUGGCACAGUUUGAAACAGAUGUAUCACCACUCCCUUCAGAUGGAUAAUUAUGAAAUGUUUUCCUUCAGUGUUUGGCAGAUGCAAUAGCAGAUUUCUCUUUAGACACGCUGUGAAAAUAUGCCAUGCAUGCCAAAUAGUGCACUUACUUGACCUUGGACUGAACUCGUUGACAAUCAGUUCCUUAUCCAAACAUGUUGUCAAAAUGAAAGAAUGUAUUUCUAUAUUUAGAAAUGUAAUUUCUAAAGGGAUACCAUAGUUCUGUCUCUAUCAGAGACCCAAAGCUUUUAAUUUUGUAAACGUACCAUUUUACUGCAUUUAUGCAGUUCUCACAUAUAUUUUUCACAUUUUAUGGCUCUACAUGUAUUUUUUUAGUGUGAAAAAAGGCCCGCGGUCGAGUAAAAUCCUAUCAUAAGACCUUAAAUGAACCUGUUAAGAUUAUUAGGGUUUGUGUACCUUUUUUCAAUAUGUCCAUCAGAGUAACUGCUCUGUUGUGAAGAGGAAAAGAAGAGAAAUAUAUAAAAUCUUACUGACCCUUUGAAGUGCGAUGUAGAAUGUAUGCCUCAUAUUUUGCACGGUGUAUAUAUUUUUACAAUAUACAUUUUAUACAAAUGUAUUUGUGCAACUGUAAAUAAUGUUUUGAGGUUAUCUUUGUACAUAUCUUUAUUGUAUAUACAGCCUUUUAACGAUAAAAUGUUUAACCAUGUUCUGGCCCCACAUAACCUUAUUUAGCAAAGCUAACAACACAAUAAAUAUACUUAACAUUUGACAAUUUACCAAAGAUAAUAUUUUUAACCUAACAACCUACAAGAUAAAAUAAUUUAGAAUUGCUUUUAAUCAGCUGAAGAACUCAUACUCUACUGCAUGCAAACAGAAUCAGGCAUUUGUUAAAGUACUGCCAGGGUUUCUGCAGAUUUUAUAAAGGUAAAUUUUACACUUUUUAAGACCAAGUAAAGGAACUUUUAAGGAAUAAAUUGAAGGGAACACAAUGUUUUCAAAAUGUGAACGUCUAAGUAGCAAAGAAUGGCUUGUAUUAGUAAUACUUCAAAAUUCGAAAGUACAGCUUUCAACUAAACUCCAUUACUUUUCAAUUUAUUUUACAAAAUAAAUAAAUACAGCUUAAGGUUUAAAUAGCUCUGCUCCCAACCACUAGAAUAUGGAAAUUACUUAACUGUACCUUUUGAUCACACCACAAAAAAAGUGAUGUUCUUUUGAAAUGUCUAAACAUCCUUACAUCAAGAUACAUUUACUUGGCAAGCAAGUCUGAAGAUUGUCAAAUUUGGUGAAAAUCGGGCCAGUGGUUUAGGAGGAGAAGCAGGUUUUCAAAGAAAAUCAAAAUGCCAGACAGGACAUUUGUGGUGUAAUUAGUAUCGAUGGUAUCAAUGUUCUCAGCAUGAUCCAAGAAAAUCUCAAGACCAGUUUCAUGACAAAAAUAAUCAAAAGCUAUUAGCAUUUUUUGACCACAAGGUGGUGUUGCCCUGAAACUUUUUGAGUUCCAUCAGGGCAUGGUGCCAAAGACAAAUACAGAGUUUCGUAACGAUACGCUAAUGCUUUUGUAAAAUAUAGCGAAGCUAAAGUCAAAAUGGCCAACAUGGGAAAAUUGGGUAUCAAUCAACUUGCUAUGCUGCACUGGAGUCACAGAGACAACUGUGGUCUUGAUUUUUGACCAAACUGUUCGGAAGUUAUAAGCAAAAAUAUAAAUGUUUUCACAUCACCUGACAACUAGGUGGCGCUGUGCCGAAACUGUGCAGGUACCCUCAGGUCAUGGUUGUCAUACACACCAAGUAUAGUCUGAAUAAACAAAAGCGUUGCAUAGAUAUAGCCUCUUGUCCAUUUUGAUGUGUUUUUCUUUAAUUAAUUUGCUUGUUAUUCAGGGCUAAUUAACUUGAAUUCCAUGUUCUUGUUUUUUGUCAGCAUUGUCUGAACAUGAUCUGAUUUUACUUUUUUUUAUGUAAAUCAGACUAAUGGUCUAGGAGGAGUUUGAAAAAGUAGGUUUUACGGAAAACUCAAAAUAUCGGGAACAUUUUUAUGGAAAAUGACAUUCAAUCGAAUUAUCUUCAGCCAAGGAAUCAGAAGAAAAAAAGAACCGUUGGUGGGUUUUUCUUUUCCUUUUACA